CGUUUAGCCCGGAAUUAACCAUUGAGCUGUAUCUGGUGGCACUUUCUUCACAAGAUGAGGCGCCGAUGCUUAUGGGACACCGUUUGUCAUCAAGAUUGUGAUGUAUACGGACAGCCAUCAAAUGCGUAAUGUUCCUCCGGUCAAGCGGACAGUGAUGGCGCCUGUGAUCUUUCGUUUGGACGUUCCAUCACUGCCAGCGUGACAACAAAAGGUCGGCGGUAAAGGAAGAUUGCUGUCUGCAUCUUUCCGGAGAAAUGGGUAGACGUGUCACCAUGGGACUGCUCUGGUUCACGCUAACUGCUUUUAUGGUGGCUGCAUCAGCAGAAUCCUAUACGUGGCAUGUGGUAAGCACGAAGUAUGGGCCUGUCAGGGGCAGGCGAUUCCCCGCGCCAAACUACAGGAUGAAGUCCGUAACUCGUUACCUGGGGAUCCCGUAUGCCAAACCGCCGGUUGAGAAUCUCCGCUUCAGGCCGCCUCAGACGCCCGAGCCCUGGGUGAAGAUGAGAGACUUUGACAGACCGGGACCGUCUUGUCCUCAGAUUGUCGAUGGAACGAACGACACGUUAACCUUUCCUUUCGCGCAGAGGAACAUAUUGCAGCCGUACACCGCGACUAUGGAUGAGGACUGUCUCUAUCUCAAUAUCUACAGCCCUGAAAUAUCAGGGCCUCCCGACCCAAAUGAGAGGUAUCCUCUAGCAGUAAUGGUGUUCGUCCACGGCGGAGGCUACACAUCUGGUACCGGUAACGCUUACGACGGGACCGUCCUGGCCAGCCAUGGCCUCGUGGUGGUGGUCACCAUCAACUACAGACUAGGAAUUUUCGGAUUCCUGAGCACCGGUGAUAAAACGGCACCCGGAAAUUACGGACUUCUCGACCAGAUCGCAGCCCUGCGCUGGAUCAACGAGAAUAUAGGAAACUUUGGCGGCGAUCCAUCCAGGGUAACCCUCUUCGGCAUUGGCGCUGGGGCGGCGUCAGUGAACCUCCUCACAUUGUCUCCACUCGCAGCAGGUCUAUUCCGGAGAGUCAUCCUUCACAGCGGGUCUGCCCUCUCUACGUGGUCGAUGGCGAACGAUCCACUGCGGUUAGUGACGACGAUUGCGGAAAAAUUGGACUGCUGCCGAGUGGACGUCGCUCAGACGGUCCAGUGUCUCCGGAACAAAUCGUACCAAAAAUUGCUUCUCAAAGACGUCACACUGAGGGCGCCGGCGUCAAGAUUCUAUUCCGUGUUCGGGCCGGUGGUGGAUGGAAACGUCAUCCCGGAUGAACCCAGGCGGUUAUUAGAAGGGGACCUGUUCAGAAGCUAUGACUUCAUGGUUGGGAUUGCAGAAGAUGAGGGAUACACAUACGUCGAAAACCUUCCCGAUAUUGAAUAUGGCAUAUCCGAAAAUGGGUACAGGGCUGUUGUGAACUAUUUUGUCAACCAGGUAUUCCCGUAUCGGGAAAAUGAAAUAACGGACGCUAUACUGUUCCUGUACACCAACUGGGGGAACAACACCAACAGAACGCGCAGGGGAGGCCUUGUGCGGCUUUUCACUGAACAGCAGGUAGCCGUGCCUUUGGUCGAGGUGGCGAAUCUACAUUCCGUGCGUAACUCGGAGAGUUCUACCUACAUGUUCGCGUUUAACUACCGGACCAACCUCAGCCCCUACCCGGACUGGGUCGGGGCAUGUCACGGGGAGGAACUGCCGCUGAUAUUCGGCGCGUCCAUUGCUGCUCUGGGGAUGUUUGGACAUUUGAAUUUUACCAAAGGAGAGUCCAUGUUAAGCGGUGCAGUUAUGACUUACUGGAGUAACUUUGCCAAAAGUGGUGACCCCAACAAGCCUCAGGCUCAGAAAACAAAAUUCAUCCACCAAAGACCAAAUAUAUACGAGAACCUAGAAUGGAAGAGAUACAGCAUCGAAAACUGCCCAACUUGUGCGGAAAACUACCUCCAUUUAGGACUGAGGCCGCGGCUUGCACAAGGAUUCCGAUCUCAAAGAGUGGCAUUUUGGAUAGACUUGGUGCCAAAGCUCCUCUAUCCGCAAGCGGUACCGAGUAACAACUAUCUUUAUCCAGAUGUGGAGGCGAAUGGUCUGUGUGAGACUCUUGAUAUUCAUCAACCUGGCAGUGGUGUCAGCAUCGCUCGACCAGGCCAGGGGACAAAGACGACCAGUAUUAGAAAAGGGACAAAAUGUGUGACGUUGCCAACUCCCGUUGUGCCAUCUGAGAGUACAGACAACAACAUUCCCUCACCUGUACCAGACGAUCAGGACUGGGAAACGCCGCGUGAAAGCAAACGCGACACGGGGAACAUUUACCCGCAACUCAGCAUCGUCAUAGCCAUUGGAACCGCGCUGCUCGUGGUAAACAUUACAGUAUUCGUCAUCUGUUUCAGCAAAGGUAAGAACCAGGACUCCGGGAACCUAGAAAAUGGACACACUAGGAAAAGAGCCCGACAAAGUGUAGAUGACGACCAUAGUUCCAUAAAAUCCAACCCAUCUGAUCAUGAUAGUAGAGAAAAAGAAAGGAGUCACAAAACAGAGAUGAUAGAACUCAAAGAGCAGCGUAGCUCCAAGCAGUCCCAGUUGGAUCCUACUAACGGCUUUGACAGUAAAACUCUUGUACAUCUAUGACAUGUUUGUAUGGUUGAAGACGUGUGUAAGAGUGUGUGUUAUGAUAUACUGCUUAAUAAAAUCCGGGCUAUC